AUGCCUUACCCCGAGGAAGCUGAAGGCUUCCAGGUCGAUGGACCUGAUUCCUUUACCCAGUUCAAGAAGCGAUACUUCAAGUUGAAGCCCUUUGGUGAUCAUGAUGUUGACAUCAAGAUCGAGGCAUGCGGUGUAUGCGGCAGUGAUGUCCACACCAUCAGCGGUGGAUGGGGAGACCAGAAAUUCCCUCUUUGCGUCGGACACGAGAUCAUCGGUCGUGCCAUUCGUGUCGGAUCCAAAGUUACCCUAGUCAAGGAAGGCCAACGCGUCGGCGUCGGCGCUCAGUCCUACUCCUGCGGCGAAUGCAAGCAGUGCCUGAACGACAACGAAACCUACUGCCCCGUACAAAUGAUGGACACAUACGGAUCCGAGUGGCCCGAGACCGGCAUCGUCAGCCAGGGCGGCUACUCAUCGCACGUGCGCACACACGAGCACUGGGUGUUUCCCAUCCCCGACGCCCUGGAGACCAACUCCGUCGCGCCGAUGCUGUGUGCCGGAUUAACAGCUUACUCACCCCUGGUGCGUAACGGCGCUGGACCGGGCAAGAAGGUGGGUAUCGUUGGGCUGGGCGGCAUUGGACACUUCGGUAUCAUGUUCGCGAAGGCCUUGGGUGCGGAGGUGUGGGCGAUUUCACGAUCACGGGCGAAGGAGGCUGAUGCGCGGAAGCUGGGUGCUGAUGGGUACAUUGCUACUGCCGAAGAAGGGUGGGAGUUGCCGCAUCAGUUCUCUUUUGAUUUGAUUGUCAACUGUGCCAAUUCUUCCGAGGGCUUUGAUUUGGCCCGGUACUUGUCCAUGAUGGAUGUUCAUGGACGGUGGAUUAGUGUUGGGUUGCCUGAGGAGGAGGGCCAGGUUAUCAAGGCGCAGAACUUGAUUGCUAAUGGCGUGCUUAUCGGUGCUAGUCAUCUCGGAAGUCGUCGGGAGAUGUUGGACAUGCUGCAGCUCGCUGCGGAUAAGGGGCUUAAGGGUUGGGUUGAGGAGAUUCCUAUUGGAGAGGAGGGGUUGAAGGAAGCUAUGCAACGGAUGCAGAAAGGAGAUGUUCACUAUCGGUUUACUUUGACUGGUUAUGAGAAGAUCUUUGGGUGA